AUGGUGCUCCCCCGUGGAUUGCUCGCUCUUGCUGUUGGAGUCGUAGGUUCUGCCACCUUCGCGGCCGCCCAAACAGGUUCAGCCUACUGCGACUCCGCUAGUGGCAUUUGUUUCGCGGGGUACACCGACACCACCCAGGGCAUGACAAUGGGUGUCGUGAUGCCCCCAAUCUCCGACCCGCCAUCGGAUGAGUAUAUUGUGCAGAUUGUGGCUCCAGUGAGCGACGGCUGGACAGGGAUUAGCAUGGGGGGUGCGAUGACAAACAGCUUACUCUUCCCGAUGUGGCCGUCGGGAAGCGACAUCAUCGUCGGCCCCCGUUGGACUGACGACUACGUGCUCCCCACGGUAUACGCCGGUCCGACAAUCACUCUCCUCCCAGCGUCGUCGAUCAACGAGACGCACAUUAACGCCAUCUUCCGCUGCGAGAACUGCACCGUCUGGGAGGGCGGCUCCUUCGGCUCGGGCGACCUGAGCGGCACCGCCGUCAUCGCCUACGUCUCGUCUUCGACGACGGGUCCCGCCGAUCCCGAGGACGUCGCAUCGACCUUCAACGAGCACGAUUUCUUCGGCUUCUUCGGCAUGGACCUCAGCGGCGCGCACUCGGACGACUACACCUCCUAUCUUGGCUCCGGCGCGAGCUCCUCGAGCACCGCCGCCUCGUCGACCGCCAGCUCCACGCCCGUCUCGUCGUCGACGAGCAGCGCCCCCGCCGCUGGGCAGACCGUCGGACCAGUGCGUAUAUCCCCUUAG